UGUCGUAAGUAUGUAAUUGAAAAGCAAACCAAACAAUUCUUUAUAUUUUUAGAGUUAAUCAAAGUGAAGUCGUUGAAAUGACAAAGUCAUUUAAGAAGAUAUCGAUGGAGUCUCUUCACGGGCUUGAUUACACGAACACGAUCGUUAAAAAACCGUUUUCUGAAGGCACUGAAACCCCUGUACUCGAUCUUUCCUGCAAGAAGCUCGUAUCACCUAGUCUCACGACAAAUUACGUAAAGGAAUCUAUGGUGUCACCUCUUCGAGAAACGAUUUACCUGGAAAGCCAUCAAGAAACAAAUAACAAUGACAAUAAACACGUUAACAAUUAUCAACAUCAUCGGUCGGUCGAAGAACAAGAUGUAAAGCAGAGCCAACAAAAUCAAACUCACCAAUAUCACCAAGAAGAGACGUCCAGCUUCUCAUCAUCCAACCAUGAAAGGAAAAGUCCGUUUGAAAGUCGUACUUACGUGAUGACACCACCAUCCGAAUCAGAUUCACCAAAGAAAACCAAGUUUCAUCCAAUUUUCGAGCAUACAAAUCUUUCGGGAGGCGAGACUCGCGUUAAUCCACCAUACCCAAUACUUCCCGUAAAUCUUCCAUCGCCAAUGUCGUUAAGUGUACCAUCGGUUCUCCCAGCAUUAUUGUCCCAAAGCAACUCACCAGUAGUGUCACAAAUCCAAACGCCUACGUCUUCGACUACGCAUGAAGCAUCGCCGCAGACAAACAGUGCUCCCGACGAUAGUAAAAAGGCACCGCGACCGUUUAAGGCAUACCCAAAAGAUCCACUUUCAAUUACUUUAGGUCCAGACAUGAUGUUUGAUCAGGAAUUGAAAAAGGCAUACUCAGACUUUCGAAAUAGGAUGCUCGAUUCAGUAAAAAGGACUAACGAAGGUACAAAUAUUAAGAUGCGUCGAAUUAGUAAGAGUCCCAUGUUGCCUACAAGUACUGUCGAUGAAAAAGAUGCAGCAUAUUGGGAGCGGAGAAGAAAAAAUAACGAGGCUGCUAAAAGAUCAAGGGAUGCGAGGAGAGCAAAGGAAGAUGAAAUUGCUAUUAGAGCUGCAUUCCUUGAACAAGAAUAUAUUCGAUUAAAGUAUGAAAAUGCUGUUUUAAAAGAUGAGAACACAAAGAUAAAAUGUAUGUUAUAUGGUUGCUAGUAUUUAAAGGCUACAGCUAAGGAAUAAUCGAAUAACAAUAAGAUUUGUUAAUAAAUUGUAUU